AUGCAAGCUGUCAUUGUAUCGUCAAAGUUCAAAAUUUCUUCAAUUAGUAAAAUUGCCAUCCAAGAAUUUCAAAAGAUGCCAUAUGCAUUCAUUCAAGGAAAAAGGAUAGACAACUCUGAAUUUAUGUUUUCUGAAGCCGAUUUCCUUAGGAGAAAUCAAGUUGAUGUAAUAUCGUUGAUUAUUUGGUUGAAGCAGAGGGCAAGUACUAAUCAAGCUUAUACAGAUGCCAUAGAACGCUUGAGGGAAUAUGUUUUGGAUAUGAUUGUUGAUUUCAGUGUUGACUGGGAAAUAGGACAAACUGGAGAAAAGGAAGCUAAUGAGCCAGAUUUGGAUCUGAAUGUGGAAAUUGAGUUACCUAGAAACAUACUGAAAAAACCACAUAUAGGAGUUGUAUUUUCAUCUAAGGGUUGA